AUGCCGCGGCUCGGCAUGUUCUGGGCGGCAGCGCUCGGCGUGGGGGUCGUCACCUGCGCGGUCGUCUUCGUCCGUCAAAAGAGCCCAACGUUUUCCGUCAACCUGACGGCGGACGGCACGCCAGGGAAGGUUUUCAGUCGCGGGCCGUUUCGAGUGGUGGAGGACAGCGUGCGACCUAGGGACUGCUCUUUCGCCCAGAACUACUUUUACUCCGACCUGCUCUCAAGAAUCGCCUCCCAUGGCUAUAUCGUCCUGGCCCCUCAGAUGUACUCUAUAUUAGCAGGAUUCGACACAAUGCCAGAGAUGCGGGAUGCUGUGAAAGUUAUCAACUGGUUACACACCAAUGUGCAAGCUCUAAUCAAUGCACGAAUCAAGCCUUCUGCUCUUGGUGCUGCUCGGGCAGCUGAAAAAGAAGCAGGCGAACGGGCAGAUGAACGGGCAGCAGGAGAAGAGGCAGCGGUGGCGCAGCCUGAUUGGUCGAGGUUUGUGCUAGCAGGCCACAGCCGGGGAGGGAAGGUGACGUUUGGAAUCUUGCGAAAGCUGGUGGAGGAGAUAGUUAAGUCCACAAAGCAGCAGCAUGGGUUCAUAGAGGCAAAGUUACCAUUGUCUAUUAAAGCCGCAAUGCUCUUCGAUCCUGUGGAUGGAACCGCUUCUAAGGCCACCAAUCCUCCCACACUCACUCAUCAACCGGACUCCAUCUCUCUCCUCAACAACCCUCCUGUACUCGUUAUAGGCUCAGGCCUGGGUCCCAUUCCCAGAGGCGGCAAAUCCCCUUCUGAUAAAGGCAACCCAUGCGCUCCCGAGAAUUUCGGGCACAAAGUUUUUUUCUCAGACCUGGUCGGCCCGGCGUACCAUUUUUCGGUGCCCGAGUUCGGCCACGCUGACUUUUACGAUGACGACUUGGGCCCGAUUUACGGACCGUUGUUUAGCAAAGUGUGCAAUAACGGGCCUGCUAGGGAGCCGAUGCGAGUAGCGGCUGGAGGGCUUGCAGUGGCGUUUCUAAAAGCUGUGGUUGGGGGUGGUGGGGAUGGUGAGAAGGGAGGGAGUGUGAGGGGAGUGAGGAGCGAGAGUAGUGGGAUGGAGGUGGAGAGAAAGGAUAGUGACGGUGUGGGAGAGGCGGCAAGGAGGUUAGAGGAGAAAAGGCAGGCUUUGGAGAGAUUAGUGGUUGAUGCUGCUGCUGAUGUGGCUGAUGUGGCAACUGCUGGUAUCGUAAAGAGUAGUCAGGAGCAAGGCGGGGAGCAGAAGCAGGAGAAGCUGCAGGAGCAGCAGGAGCUGGAGCGGGAGAGACAACGGCUAGAGGUAGUGUACAUGAGGAGUGGAGGUAGUGGAGGGGGGUGUGGGGUUGAUUCAGAAGGAGGCUUUGGGAGUGGCUCAGUUAUAAGGAACAGGGAAGGAGGCUGUGGUGCUGUGAUUGGUUCAGGGAAGGGGAGUGAUGUGAGCGAUCUUAGUGAUUUGUUGCAACACCCUGAGCAUUCUCCUGUGGUGCUGUCAGAGGUGGGGUGGAAAGUGGGGCGGCAGCAGGAAACACCUGAAGAAACACCUGCAGGUGAACCUGCCACUUUAUGCGGAGCAGCAACUGCUAUAGUUGCGGCUGCUGCUGCCCGCUAG